AGAGCUUUAAAAUCGGCAAGCACGCUUUGAACAUCUGAUAUAAUUCGCCAUCAGUGGGAAAGAUGGAGCUUUGGGCCGCUGUCUUUGUCUGGAGCGCAGUCUGGCGCUGCGCUUUGUCUGUGACUCGCUACUCCAUAGCGGAGGAGAUGGAGAGGGGUUCUGUUGUGGCCAAUCUCGCUGCGGAUUUGGGACUUGAGCUUGCAGGCUUGGCGCAACGAGAGGUAAAACUCGACAUAUUCACAAAUAAAAAAUAUUUAGACUUUAACAAAAAGACCGGGGACCUGUACGUGGUGGAGAAAAUCGACAGGGAGUAUCUUUGUCCGGCGAAGCCAACGUGCUUCCUAAAGCUUGAUUUUAUUAUAGAAAGCCCGCUGCGCAUCUUCAACAUCGAGCUCGGAAUAACAGACAUAAACGACAACGCGCCGCAUUUCCGGAGGGACCGGGUGGAGCUGGACGUCUCCGAGUCCGCCACGCCGGGGGAGAGAUUCUCUCUGCCUAACGCCGUGGAUCCAGAUGUUGGUGUAAACACGAUUAAAACGUACAAACUCAGCGCGAGCGAGCAUUUCACCAUAGAAAUCCAAACGGGUUCUGAUGGAACUCAGUAUGUGGAUUUGGUACUGACCAAUUCUUUGGACCGUGAGGAAAAGGCUGCUCAUAAUUUAAUCCUGACAGCUGAGGAUGGAGGCGUCCCUGUGCGCUCAGGCACUGCCAACAUUAUAGUCCGAGUGCAGGACACUAAUGAUAAUCCUCCUCGGUUUGAUCAGCCAGUUUACAUCAUUAACAUGACAGAAAACACCCCGAUAGGAACUUUAGUGACAAAGCUGAACGCUACAGAUCUCGAUGAGGGUUUGAACUCAGAGAUAGUGUACUCGUUCACGCUUUACACGUCAGAAAAAACGCAAGACGUCUUUGAGCUUCACCCUAACACAGGAGAGGUGACUGUUAAAGGAACGAUUGACUAUGAAGAAAUGAGAUUUUAUGAGAUGCACAUUGAAGCCAGGGAUAAAGGUGCGCACCCCCUGCUGGGGCAAUGCAAAAUGGUCAUUCAUGUCACAGAUAUGAAUGAUAAUUAUCCAGAAAUAACAGUGCAGUCUGUUAAAAACACCGUGGCUGAAAACAUACCUGUUGGAAGUGUGAUUGCUCUGGUGGGAACAGGUGACAGAGACAGUGGUGACAAUGGGAAAGUGACUAUAUCGAUACAUGACAAAAUGUCCUUUAUUCUUAGCCAAUCCUUAGACAGACCCACACAUUAUGAACUUAUAGUGUCUGAGCUUUUAGAUCGUGAAAAGGUACCGGAAUAUGUCAUCACUCUAAUAGUGACUGACGGAGGAACGCCACCUUUAUCUGAUAAUGAAACUUUAACCGUGCAUCUGCUGGAUGUUAAUGACAACGCUCCACAGUUCCCCCAGUCUUUUUAUACUAUACGUGUGAUGGAGAAUUCAGCACCGGGAGCUGUCCACCCGCUGUUCUCUCUCCUUCAGAACUGGUAUGUCGCACUAUUUAUCUUCCUUUCUUCACGCACGGGCACGGUGCUUACGGUCACGCACUAUUCUGUUCCGGAGGAAAUGGAGGAAGGUUCUGUCGUGGCACAUUUGGCCACUGAUUUAGGCUUAGAUGUGAAGAGUUUGAGCAAAAGAAAAAUGCGCGUGGACGUGGUGGGCAACAAGAAAUAUCUGGAUAUCAACAAGGACACCGGGGAGCUUUUUAUUCGGGAAAGGAUUGACAGGGAGUUCCUCUGUCCUCUUAAAACAGCUACAACCUGCUUCCUGAAAUUAGACGCCUCGAUUGAGAACCCGGUCCGGAUGUUUAACAUCGAGGUAGAAAUUACAGAUAUAAACGACAACUCUCCUCAUUUUCGGAGAGGAACGAUGCAUUUGGACAUCUCUGAGUCAACCCCGGUCGGAGAGAGGUUCUCCCUGAAUAAUGCUGCAGACCCAGAUGUCGGAGUUAAUUCGGUGAAGAAUUACCACCUGAGCGCGAGCGAUCAGUUUUCAAUUGAGAUUCAAACAGGAAGAGAUGGGACCAAGUUUGCAGACUUGGUUCUGAAAGAGCCUCUGGACAGGGAGCAUCAGGCUGUUCAUAACCUCAUCCUCACUGCUGUGGAUGGAGGGGUGCCCACGCGCACAGGUACAGCCAGCAUAAUUGUGCGCGUGCUCGAUGUAAAUGACAACGCCCCUUCGUUUGACAAAGACAAGUACGUGGUGGAUGUGAUGGAGAACUCCCCCAUAGGCAGUUUAGUGAUCAACCUGAACGCUAUGGAGACUGCUGUUAAGGCGUACUCUGACAUGACUGAGAUGUCUCUGGAAUAUGACAUCUUUUCAGACAUCAACCUGUAUUUGGUCAUCGGUCUGGGCUCGGUGUCAUUUCUCCUGCUCAUCACCAUCCUGGUCACCAUUGUGCUGAAGUGUCAGAAAGCCAAGCCCAGCAAAGCUGCUCCUCCCAGCAGGAACAGUGUGGUCAGUGAGAGGAACUCCACCAUCGCAGACUCCACUCUGGUGUCCAACGAUGCCUACUGGUACAGUUUGUUUCUAGCAGAGACCAGGAAAGGAAAGCUGGUGGUCAGACAGCCUGUGCCAAAGGGCUCCAGGUACAUCGUGUCCAGUAUCCCCAGAGGGACAGGACUGUCAGAGACCAGUGACUCUGCUGCUUCUACUCUGCAGUACCCUAAAUGAGGAAAGUCCACUCAGCAGCUGGAGAUGUCCACGGCAAGCAGCAGCAGCUCUAAAUGAAGCCAACCCUCCAGCUGUGGACAGUAUUCGUAACAAGUACAACUUCAAUGAAGAAAAGGAGGACAUCAUCUUCAAUCAAACACAUCUACCCUUAGUCUGGUUUGCUCAUGUUGUCAUGGUAAAGCAUUUAUGAACUAUGGUGUCCAAUCUGAAUAUCCUCCCUGUAUUUUGAGCACAAGCAAAACGGAUGUCAACAAUGUCCGGAUGUUCUUUCAUUAUGCAUGAUGCAUGGGUCCAGAUAUCCUUCAAGACAGUCGUUUUAAAGAAAAAUGGACAGAAAUCAUGUUCAUAAAUGAAGGAACUGUAAAAAUAUACACCAUUCAAGAUUCAGAGAAGCCAGAACAAGGAUUCCAUAACCAGAUGUGGGAAAUUUGAAAGACUUUUAAGAAGCUGCUCACUGUCUCGCUAAAAACGUUUGUUGAAAAGUGCAUUUCAAGCUCUUGUGCAUUGUCUUGCUCCAAAGCAACAUUGAUGUUUAAUAUAAACAACAUAAAGAAGCGAAACAACUUUAACUGUGUCAGGAAAGCACAAACCUAGAAUUUAAAUAUUGACAGAGUCAGUACUGUAUUCCAUAAAUGUGUUAGCUUUUAGUAGCGUUAUGUUUUGUACUUGAUUUGUGCUUUAUAGGAAAAACAGGCCUAAACACAUGACAAUGAGUGCCAAGUAUAUCAUACGCUCAAAUUAAUAUGAGUGAGGCCUAAAGCCUUCAUGCCUUUAUAUUUCUGCAUGGAAUAACCAAAUUACUUCCAUGGAUUUUAAUAUAUUAUUCUUCUGCACAUACAGUAUCAAUUUACUUAAAACACAAUCUUGAUAACUUGUUUAGUGGGACCAGCAAUGAUAUUCAGAUGUUUGUCCCUCUCAUUUAAACAUGAGCAUCAAGAGAACUGUUAUUUCCACAAAAUUAAAUGUAUCGACAGCCUAAAAUUACACUAUUUGAAGAGUUUGCCCUCUUGAAAACACCUGCAAAUAUAGUAUUAAGUGUUUAAAUUAAGUGGACCACAAUGUAUACUGCUCCUGUUUAAAUCAACUUGAAAUAAACUGAACUGAACUGAGAAAAUAGACGUACGUGUUCCUAUGAGGGCUGUAUAAUACAUUUGAAAUGCUAAUGCACAUUACUGUUUUUGACUUUCAAUCAUGGGUUUUUAGUACUUUGUGUAAUGUCUGUGUAACUUGUUGAAACUAAAAAUUGAGUGCUUCAUUUACAAUUCAAAAACAACAAGUUUUAAACUGUUUAUUGUAUUUUACCCAAUGGAAUUACUCCAUUCAUACUAAUGACUAUUUUACUGAAUAUGUCUGCUUAUCCAAGACAUAAACCUAAACACAAAUACAACUGACGUGUAUAAUUCAUUAUUUGUCUAUAAAUAUGCCUUUAUUUAAAACGCUGGUGCUUUUGUAUCUCCAAUGUGAACAGAAUUAUGUGCCAUCAGAUUCAUGAGUCGCCCUUUGUAUGAAAUAAUAUUCAGAUUUCAUGUGAUCAAACUCUUUAUUAGCACAGCUUUCAUCAUGUUCCUUGUGAGAACUUGGAACAUAUUUUAG